AUGCCAACCACAGGUAACAAGGCCCAGUGUCCAGAUGUUGGAAAGUCCACCCUCAGCUCUAGCCUGCUGGACUCGGGCUCUGCCACAGCCUUCACCUCAACUCAGCAGACAAGGACUCAAGCAGUGUGGACAAGCCUCCUGCAUACUCCAGAGAAGGAGCACUCCUCAGAAACAUGGGCCUACUCUGCUCCCACCGUCAGUCCAGCCCUACUCAGACCCCCAUCCAGGUUUCCCAAGGCCAAGUCUAAAGCUCCACCUCACAACAUCCUAGAUGGAAUACAAAACAGGCCAGUUUAUCUGCAGAGUUCCUACCUGACCUCUCUGGGCUCUCCAGAGGCAGAUGAAGAGGGCAAUGUGCCCAGCGCAGCCCGUGAGCCCCUAGUUGGCUCUUCGGAGAGAGCUGCUCCCCACAUUGUCCGGGGGACACCCCGAGGAGACCACCUGGACGCCCUUUGGGAGGGCGGCCCAGCCUCUCCCCGUGUCCCAGCCGUCGCCCCGGCGCCUCCUCUUCCCUCCCCAGUGCCCAUGCUCUGGGCGGCCCAAGCCGUCGCGGGGCGUCCGCGCCCGGCUUUGUCUGCGCCCACGGAGCGCGCCCGCCGGGCGCCGCGGGCGCUCCCCAGCUGCACGCAGCCCCAGGAUCCUGCCUGCCUUCCACCCUCCGACAGCCCCCCGCCUCGGGACCACCGCCACCCUGCCUGA